ACGAUAUUUAACUUUUAUUGGUAAGAUAUUUUCAUAUUUAAUAAUUAUUUAAUUUAAUUCUAAAAUUUGAUUAAAUUUAAUUUAUGAGAGAGGACACCCGUAUAUAAAAAUUCUGGAUCCGCCGCCAUUGGACGAAGAAUAGACCGAAUUCGGGUUAAGACGAAUUUCGUGCAGGUCAAGAACAACAUACCCCACUACUAUAUCUUGUGAAAUUGAGUCAUGAACUCAUGAUAUUGUAUGUUUCGUAGUAAACUCUUGUUUGGACAGUGAGGGAGUGGUAACGUGGACUGUUUGACCUCUGCCAUAGUUGUUAGCUUCGUCCUCACUUACAGGAGAGUCACCAAUCGUGCGUGAGAUCCUGCAGUGCCCUUAUUUAAUUCUUAAAUCUUGACAAAGAAAGACGACCUCAAUCGAGCAAAAAACUUGUCGAAAUGGCGUUGCUAAUAUUCCUACUUACCAUCAUCAUCUCGUUGCUCUCUCCAAUGGCGGCGGCAAAAUUUCCAAUCACCUGGCCGAAGCACCACGUGCACGUGAGGAACGAGCUGGGAGGCGGGAAGCAGCUGCUCGUCCACUGCAAGUCUGCCGACAACGAUUUGCAGGUCCAUUACCUCUCAAUCGGCGAAGAGUUCAGCUGGCAUUUCAAGGCGGAGGUUCUUAUUGCCCAUACUCUGUUCUGGUGCUACUUGGCUCCCGACGGCGGCCACCAUGCGAGCUUCGACGCGUGGACGGAGGAUAUCGGGAGACGGUACGAGGUCAAACACAACAGCCUCUUCUGGAUUGCUAGAGAUGACGGGGUUCAUUUGAACAAGAAUGUGUUUUGGAUGCACUGGAAACAGGGGAGGAGGAACGAAGGAAGGAAGGAAGAGUUGUUGAUAGAUCGUAAUAUGUUGCUAAGCAAAUAAAAUUAAAUGUCAAUUUCCUCCACAAUUAAGCAUUAUAUUCGACUGUAACAGGAUCAUAUGAUGAUACUAACUACUUGACAUUUAAUCUGUAAUGGACAUGUAUGUAUAGAAAUUAAAUGUGCUUUUAUCUCAGGACAGUUUCAAUCUCAAUCCAGCCACUCAAACGAACUUCAGAAGAAGGCUGGAAGUCAUCCAUGGCAUGAUUAAUCAAGAAAAUGCUUCGUCGAACCCGAGGGAGCUGGAGGAUGAGGCAGCGAGGUCGAACGUUUGAUAUUUACGUGUAUCCAACGAAUAAAAUAGCACGCUCUGCUGCUUCGUGGAUACUCGAGGAAAGUAGAGCUGGUUUCCCAUCCUGCUGACAUACAACGUGCGAUCCCAGAUCCUCUACUUCCAACCAUCCUCUACGUUACUUAUCGAAUAUGUAAACUCGAACGAACUCGCCCAAGUCGCCCACCAAUAUGGCUAGGAUUUCGUCUCCGCAUUCCACUAGAUACUCCAGCUCGAGUGCAGCUGUGGAUCCAGGGGACGCUCCCGGGCCACGGUCCAACCUUCCCCUAGAUCCGGUGCUAGUAUAGUCCUUAUAAAGUUUUGAUUUUAGG